AUGCAGUCGAUGUUCCGCCUACCAUGGAGCACCGAGAACCCCGCUAUGGACAAGGCCCAGCUUGCCCAGCUCCAGAAGCAGCGCCCUGUUGUCGACAUCCCGCUGCUGAGCAAGCUGAAGCGGAAGCGGACUGACAGCCCAGAGCCCUGCCCGCCCUCUUACCCCCCGCAGCACGUCACCAAGAAGUGGAAGUACGCAAACAGCGGCGACGUGUGUCCUGUGGUUGAGAUAGGGAAGCCUGAUCGACCUGUGCUGGACGCACCCAGUCCCGCGCCUGCGCCUACGCCCGCGCCUGCGCCCGCAGCCUUGCCACGUGUGAAGAGCUCGGAGAAGGCCGGCGACGCGUCGGCACCCCGGGUGGAGACGCGGCCGCUGACCGUCAAGAUGGAGGACGCGGACCCGGUGGCUGCGCUCGACGCGUCUCCGAGCUCGCAGCCAAGGGCCACGAUUCAGGAGGAGCUCCCGGCAGCAUCGGCGACUUCGGUCGAGGUUGAUCCGACCGCAUAUACGCCGCUGCAGCAGGCGAUCGAGACGCACUUCAACCAGGAAAUCCUGCUCAAGCACAACGAGCUUCGUUUGAUCGAGCAGGAGCUGGCAAAGUGCCAGAUUGCACUGGAGCAGGUUCGUCGCUGUCAGCUGAUUCCGUAUCCUGGAACGGAUGCGGCGUCAACGGACGUCAGUUGCGGCGUGGGUCCUGCGCUGCAGCCUCGGCACGGCUUCACGACGCCCGAGCAGCCUGCGCCCUGGGGCGUGACGGAAGGCCCGUACGGUCGCCACUACGCAAAGUGGCUCAUUCCGGAUCCCAAAUUCGACUCGGUGCCGGUUGCGAGCCUGCAAGCCGGUGGUCGCGCACACGCUGGUCUAUCCGAAGGACGCGCGACCCGGGGAAGUCUAGCCGAGCUCCCGAUGGCUGGAAAAUCGCGUUCGUCACGUGCGUCGGCCGGAUCCAAGCUCCAGGCGCUUGGCGACCCUUCAGCUCCUAAGAUCGAUCCCUUGCUGCACAAGCGUUCGACCGACGGCAAGUGGGUGCGUCUGUUCUGCCACCAUCCCGACUGCCGGCAUAGCAACUUCUCCAACACCCAAGGCUUCCUCAACCACUGCCGGAUCAAGCACAACCAGAAGUUCGAGAGCCACGACCAGGCUGCCGUCGAAUGCGGCAUCCCGGUUGACGUCAACGAGCUGGGUGUUGUGUUGCCGAACAGCGAGACUACUCCUUCGACCCCUGCCACUGGUGCUGCUCCGAACCUCAAUGGACCCUUCGUUCACCCUCUGAUCAAGUCCAACCCUCCUACCAAGUCAAAGCCUCUUCCUCCGCGCGCAUUACCGAAGAAGGAGACGCCUGCCGCACCCGGAAAUGUGCAGACGCCGGAUGCAAAGCCCAAGGCGCCCAAGACGUCUUUCGUCCCCUCGCCGCAAACGCCAGCUUUGAACGCUCUGCUGCAGAAGCAAGGCUUCGAUGGCGACUUGAACAAGCUCGUCGACUUUGCACGGACGAAGGUCGAUCUGCCCGACAUGGAUACCGAGAGCGACGAAGAUGCCGAGCAAAGCCCGGUCACGGCACCGAAGUCGACUGCCGCGGUCAAGAAGUCUGCCUCGGACGCAACCCCUCGCGGUCCGCCGUUGAGCCGUCUACCCGCUCGGGGUGGCAUGGCGCCGGCCUCGAUCGCGACCACGGGGCUGCACCCCGCUUCCGGUGCCCCGCCUCGAUUACAGCACAGCAACAGUUCUGCGAGCAGUGCUGCCGGUGGCAAUCCCGAGUCUCCGACCAUGGAGCUGAGCCCGCAUACGCUGGACUCGGCACCGGGACUUGUAACGGAUCACGAGGACGAUGACGACGACGAGGAGGACGGGCGUAGCGUGGCCAUGCGGGACGAGGAUUACGGAGACGACAACGUCGUGGUUGAAGACGGCAGUGAUGUUGAGAGGGAGGCCAGGAGAGCGAAAAGUGUGGAGGGUUUUGUGCCCAAAGCCGGCGGCUCGUCGAGGAAGUGA